GAUACUUUCCGGAAUACUCACCAGAUUGUAAGCACGGUAUCAUUAUCUGCAUGGAAGUGCACAUUGCUAGCUAGCUACUCUGACACUGAAGACCAAGAUAGAAGAUCCAAGAUCACCACUGACCCUAGAGAUGCCAGGUGAAGGAGAUUACACGGAUACAGUCCGAGAGGACAAGACCUCCACUGUGAAUGGAGACAAAGCAAAGCCAGUCAGGAGAUUCACAUGGCAGGAACUGAGUCAACUGAAUGAGCCUCACAAUGCACAUGUUGCUGUCAGGGGAAAGGUGUACGACGUGAGUUCGUUUGUGGCUAGACACCCUGGGGGCAUGGAGCAGAUCAUGAUGGGGGCAGGCAGGGACAUCACACAAGUCUUUGAGUCCUACCAUCCUUUCUCCAUUUACAAUAUGCUGAACAAGUUCUACGUUGGUGAACUAGUGGACAACGAAAUGCCUGUCUUUCCAAAACGAAGUGAAUUCUACGGAGUACUUAAAGAGCGAGUUAGCAAAUACUUCAAGGACAACAACAUCGACCCUAAAGUAGACUACUGGAUGUUCAUGCGAUAUACUUUAUUCUUUCUGACAGCCAAUCUCUGCUGGGCUAGUACGAUGUUUGUGUAUGAGAGCUGGACGCUGCUGUUACUGGCUGCUGUUGGCUGGGGAUUCUUUACUGCUCUGGUGGCUAUGACCUGUACCCAUGAUGCAAGUCAUUUUGCUGUGACACACAAGCCGUGGGUAUGGAAGUUGGUGGGUUCGGUCCACGACAUGUACCAGGGAGCGUCGAUACUGGCCUGGAUGUAUCAGCACACGCUAGGCCACCAUCCGUACACCAACAUAGAUGGAGCUGAUCCUGACAUUGUCACGGCUGCAGAUGAUAUUCCUGACAUUCGUCGGAUCAAGUGGGAGCAGAGAUGGAUGCCACGCUACCUCUACCAGCACGUCUAUGUGCCCAUGCUCUAUUGUCUGUUGGGCCUGAAGACACGUUUUCAAGACUUCUACAUCAUGUUUACUCUGAAGAACUCUACUAUUCGCCUCAACCGUCCAUUCCCUAAUCAGUGGUUCUUGUUCUUCUUGGGCAAGUUCACACAUGUUGUGCACCGUGCUGUCAUCCCAGCCUUCUUUAUGCCAUGGCCUCAGUUGUUGGUGGCAAACAUUGUGGCUGAGAUGUGUGGUAGUUACUGGUUGGCCCUCAUCUUCCAGACCUCCCACGUCAUCGGGGAGGUUGAAUGGCCCAAACCUGAUAAGGACAACGUUGUUCAUAUGGACUGGGCUGAGAUGCAAGUAGCCACCACACAGGACUAUGCUACCAACAGUUGGUUCUGGACUGUGUUCACUGGGGCACUCAACCAUCAGACCACCCACCAUCUCUUCCCUGGCAUCAUACAGUCACACUACCCAAAGAUAACUCCGAUUCUUGCACAAACCUGCAAGGAUUUCGGUAUAACCUAUCAUUAUGUCGAUACUACUCGGGAAGCUUUGAGCUGUCAUAUUGAUCACUUGAAGAAGUUGGGACAGGGACAGAGCGCAAAGAAAGAACAAUGAAAGAAGAUUGCAGCCGGCGAGUAUUUAGAUGUAUUAUUAUUAUAGGUGAACAUUUUUAUCUUCUAUAGAUGUUGUAUAAUUUAUGUGCAUUAUUGGAGGGCGGCGAUUUUUAUAAUUAUAAUAAUGGACUUAUUUAA